AAGACCUCGACCCCCCGCGGUACGACUUGAAGAGCCGGCUCCUGAAGCAAGACAAUCAACACUACUACACGAAUCGAUACCCAAGAUACCCCCAACCGAUCUACCAUCCAUCCAACUUUCAACCUUUUUUAUCUUUCAAAAAAGAAAAACACCCCACCAAUUCACAAAAAUGGCCCCCAAGGUUCUCGUCGUUCUCACCUCUGUCGACAAGACUGAGAAGUCUGGCAAGCCCAUCGGCUGGUACCUUCCCGAGCUCGCCCACCCCUACGAUGUCCUCAAGGAGGCCGGCGUCGAGAUGACCUUCGCCUCCCCCAAGGGCGGCGUCGCGCCCCUCGACCAGGCCUCGGUUGAGAUGUUCAGCAGCGACCCCUCCUCCAAGAACUUCCUCGAGAACCACAAGGAAAUCUGGGAGAACACCGAGCCGCUGUCCAAGUUCGUCGGCCGCGCCUCCGAGUUCGACGCCAUCUUCUACCCCGGCGGCCACGGCCCCAUGUACGACCUCGCCUUCGACGCCGACUCGCACAAGCUCAUCGCCGACUUCGUCGCCCAGAACAAGCCCGUCGCCUCCGUCUGCCACGGCCCCGCCGCCAUCGUCAACGCAAAGACUGCCGACGGCGAGUACCUCGUCAAGGGCAAGACCGUCACCGGCUUCUCUAACACCGAGGAGGACCAGUCCGGCUACACCGCCGAGAUGAACUUUUUGCUCGAGGAGCGCCUCAAGCAGAACGGUGGCAAGUACGUGCUCGCCGAUGCCCCUUGGGGUGAGAAGGUCGUUACCGACGGCGUCGUCAUCACCGGCCAGAACCCUGCUUCUGCCCACGGCGUCGGCAAGGCCAUCGUCAAGGCUCUUGGCCUGUAAGGAACGAGUGUACGAAUUAAUGAUGGAUCGUAUGAUUGGUAAUUGAUUAUACCACAAAAUCAAAGCGUUUUAU